AUGAGUGUAAUGGCACUGGACGAAGUGCCAGGCUUUUCGAUCCACAAAGCUGAAGUUGAUUACGAUGAUGAAGCGGAAGGAUCAUCUGGAAAAAAGGGCAAAAAGAAGUCCGGCGGCUUCCAAGCUAUGGGGCUAAGCGCACCGGUGCUGAAGGGCAUUCUUAAGAUGGGCUAUAAGGUACCCACGCCAAUUCAGCGGAAAACUAUUCCCAUCAUCAUGGACGGUCGUGAUGUAGUGGCCAUGGCCAAGACAGGCUCCGGUAAAACCGGUUGUUUUCUUAUUCCUUUGCUUGAACGGUUAAAACAACGUGAAGCAAAAGCGGGCGGAGGCGCCCGCGCUCUGGUUCUCUCACCAACACGCGAACUUGCUAUUCAGACGUUCAAGUUUGUCAAACAACUGGGACGAUUCUUGGACCUCAAGACGAUUCUGGUGCUCGGAGGUGAUUCAAUGGAUUCACAGUUUGCGGCAGUCCACACACUCCCAGACAUCAUCGUAGCCACUCCGGGCCGCUUCUUACAUCUGUGUGUCGAAAUGGAUUUAAAGUUAAACUCAGUGCAAUACUGCGUUCUGGAUGAAGCUGAUCGGCUGUUUGAAAUGGGGUUCGGCGAGCAGCUGACAGAAACCAUAAAGCGCCUUCCGGAAGCCCGUCAAAUGGUCCUGUUUAGUGCAACGUUACCGAAGUUGAUGGUCGAUUUUGCGUCGGCCGGACUUUGCCAGCCAGUGCUGAUACGCUUAGAUGUGGAGUCGAAAAUACCCGAUAUGCUGGAUUUGAAGUACAUUUAUUGUAGACCAGCGGAACGCUACGCCACACUAUUAGUGUUGUUGCGGGACGUCAUUCCAACUACGGCCCAAACGGUUAUUUUUGCUGGUACUCAACACCACGUGGAGCUUAUAUCCCUGAUGCUUACGAAGGCGGGAAUUCCCAACAGUCAUGUGUAUUCUGGGCUGGACGCUUCCGCUCGUAAGAUAAACACGGCAAAGUUUACCCAUCGCAAGGUUAACGUACUCGUUGUAACGGAUAUAGCGGCUCGUGGUCUCGAUAUCCCUACACUAGACUUUGUAGUAAAUCUGCACUUCCCUGGCAAGCCGAAAUUGUUCAUCCACCGUGUUGGAAGAUGUGCUCGUGCCGGUCGCAGUGGAACCGCUUAUUCUAUCUUCUCAAACGACGACAUAGCGCAUUUGAUCGACUUGCAUAUGUUUCUCAAUAGACCGCUUGAUACGACCGACAAACGUAAUGUUGGAAUCGUACCACCUGACACACAGGAAACGGAACAUCAGCUUGUACAGGAGUACGUUCAACAUAUCGAUCUGGCCACGGCAUACCGCGUAAGCAACAAUGCUUACAAACAAUAUAUCGUGACCCGACCAGCUGCCUCAGCAGCAUCCAACAAACGAGCGAAGCAGUUUAAGCAGGACGAAUUAGGAGUGUUGGAGGAUUUCUUGCAAGAAAACAACGUGGAGAACCAAAAUAUGAAGGGAAAGAAAUGGAAAAAGGGAAAACUGUUUGCAUCGAAGACUAAGAAACAAACCACAACCAAUGCGGAGACUGUGAAAGAAGAGAAGAAACAACAAUCUGGAAAAACAAAUGCAUCUGACGUGGACCCGGACGCGUUUAGGAAUGAUUUUCUAGCACGUAUGAAAAAUUACCGUCCAAAUGCAACCAUAUUUGAGCUAAACCCGAAACCUAACGCCCGCGAGUUGCUUGCGAUGACGCAGAAACGUGAACAGGACGGAGGAAAAAUCGAAAAACACAAACGCAAACUCGCCGAAAUGGAGGCGGAAGAGCAAAUGAAACAAAAAAGUAAUGCUGCAAUAGCAGAUGCCGUUGAUGCUGCCGAGACUGUCGGCGGAAAGAAACGCCUUAAGCCAAGUUCCUCUCGUGAUGAGGAACACUUUAUUGCUUACGAAGCGAAGGAUGCGGUCGAAGAGGAUGGUUAUGCGAUUGAUAACUUUGCGCGACAGGCCAACACGGCCGAAUUGAGCGUGAUCAGCGAUACGGCUGACGGCCAGCGAAUGAACCGGCAACUGCAGAAAUGGGAUCGCAAGAAGAAGAAGAUGGUAAACGUAGAGAAUCCAAAAGCGGGAAAGAUCCGUACUGAGCACGGCGUCUGGAUUGCUGCCUCGUACAAGACAGGUCGCUACGACAAGUGGAAGGAUCGCACAAAGAUGGACGAGAAGCUUAUGGCCGAGCAGGCACAGCAAUCGGAUGAUGAAGAGGCAACACCAUCUGUUCCAAUUCUGCAGAAGCACUAUCCUACCACCCACUGGGGUCGUCAUAACGCUAAGGCCGAUUUGCGUAAAUUGCGCGAUGCGGAUCUGAAAACGCCUGAACAGAUCGUCAAGGCCCGAAUGCAGAAAGAAACGAAACAGGCACGUGAAAAGGCGGCACGGUUGAAGAACAUUCAGCGCAAAAAGCGAGCUCUGUCACGACGUAAGGGUAAAGGCAAAUAAGUGCCGAAUG